UUUAAAGUAUUUAUAAAUACAGAGGAUAGAGGAGUAGGAAUAAAGGAGUAAAAUUUGUCAAUUCAUUGACUGCUCAAUUUUAUUAUGUCUAAUUUAAUAUAUUUCUAUACUGUUUCCUAGAAUACUAAAUGUAUAUUUUUCAUUCUGGCUUUAUUUAUUUGUAAUGACAUCAUAAAAUAAUAGAACAAACUUGAAAGGUUUGAAACGCUGGAAUUCGAUUUUGAGAGCCAUUCAUAGAAAUCAUGUCUACGGGUCGAACUCGAACGAAAGUACGGAAAGAAUUGCGAUGUGAAACAACUUUGAGAGAUAGAGCAGAAAAAUAUCAGAGAAGCAUAUCCGAAAUAUUUGGAGACAGGCAGUUCGACACUUUUCCCACAACUUAUCUUCGAGGAAAAGUUGCAUUUGCUCUGUUUGGACCACCACCUUACAACGAACUUACUUCUGAAAAUGUUGAAGUUGUCAACAAACUUGUGAGCCAUAUUAAUUUUUUAAAUGAAAGGAAUAACUUUACUAGCAAAACCUACCUGGGAUACACUUUUGUACAUUUGCGUUAUAAAGACAGCAAUGUAAUCGAUAUUCAGGUUUUGUUCAAACUACGCUCGCCAAACUAUCAUAUUUCAAGUGGAUGUUUGUUUGUUGAUUUGAAUUGCCGGACAUACAAUAGUUGGGCGGAUUAUUUGAAGGACAAUUGUUUACCCAAAUGUGAUAUGUGUUUUCCAAAAGAUGGCGAGUACUCAUUAAGGAAUUUUAGCAUAGAGUUUGGCGAAUCGCCUGCAUGCAAAUCAAGCAGAAUGAGUGGUCCAACCAGUUUGCUGAGGGACAUCAUUGCCUCAGGAAUCACUCUAGCAGCGCUGGCCUUAACAAGAACAGGAGGAUCAUUGGGAUCGGCAGAAACCUACAUUACAAAAAACCCUUUCGCCGUGUACCCACAAACUUCAAUUUACGGCUGCAUGCCUACGGCUACCUGUAUUAUUCCAAGUGUAGGAAUGGUCAGCGUACCAUCAAGCUCCAUUAACAAAAUCAGACAAGGUAAUCUAGACGUCACUGAUACACAAAAGUUCAUACAUACUUUCCUUUUCUUUUUCAAUGAAUCAUUAUCAAUUGAAGCUGCUAAAAGGCUAAUUAGUAAGAUAGCUUCUUUGAUUGAUUCGAAGAAUGGAUUCUAUUUUUCCACAAGAGGAAUUCCAUUUAGUCCUUUGAAAGAAGUGAGUGAAAACAGUGUUAGUGAAGCAAACCUCAACAGAUUGCUCAGUAUUGUGAAAUACAGCAUAAAAUCAAUGUUAUCUGAUGUUCAAUUGUCGCAUUUGGAUACUGCUGUCUAUAAAAUGGUGGAUACUACAUUACGAAUUUCAAAACAAUCAAUCACUCUACAAGAAGGUUAUCAAGACUUGUCAGAGGCCUACAAAUUCCUCUGGUCUAAGUUUGAACAGUCAGUUGAAGAAGCAAGACCUAAAGUUGAAUUUGGACCUUGGACCCACGAUACCAUUGAAAACUUAUUAAAAUCCAAUCCCGAUACUGCAAGAGAGCUUCUUUUGCUGGCUCAUGACGUCAUUGAAUAUUGUGGAGUAGAAGACACUUCAGAUUUAUUCAUGAACAGAAUUUAUUACGUUAUUAACCAAAACACUGAUAAUUAUUAUUACGAACUUACGGCAGUUGAGCUUUUGAAAAAUGCUCAUUUCCUUUGCUACAAGUUGAAAAAGAUAUUUGAUUCUGAAAUACUUGGUUACCAAACAUCUUUGGAUUCAGAAAAACAACGUUAUGGUAGCAACUUUGAUUAUGCUAAAUUCAUUCAAGAACGCAACAUUUCAAGUGAUGUUGAUCUCAACUGUUUCUUCCUCAAUGAGGCAAUAAAUAAUCUACUAAAUAACGUCGAUUAUCUUGAAAUGUAUCAAAUUAUAAAGGAACCAAAUUCCAACCGUGUAGAACUAACGUUAAUAAAAUAUCGCGAAAUGUAUAAAAUUAUAGACGAACUGAAUGCCCACGGUGUAGAUACAAUUCUAGAAACAAACAGUACCAAACACUUUUUAUUCAAAGGCCCUCGGGGUCAGGCAUCCCUCACUGACAAACAGUAUUGGAAAAUAGCCCAUGAUUUAUCAGGUUUCGACUUCUAUGUUGAUAAUGCAUCAAUUCAAAGGCUGGGAAAUUUUGUCUUUAUUGAUCCCAAUGAUGAGAAUCAAAAUAAUAAAUUGAUUUUUUACAAUAGCAAACGAGAAGAUUCGGUUGCAGGCCUAUUUUCAGUUAUAAAUAUCAACCAACAUAGUUAAUACAACUCAUGGUCUGAUGUCAUACUGUAAAUAGCUUGCAUAUUACACAAAUAUCUAAUUCUAUGUUAUUUAACAAACACUUUUAUUUUAAACUCAUAACAUAAUGUUAUUCAACAAACACUGUUAUUUUAACACUCAUAACAUAAUGUUAUUUAACACUUCAAGUAAAUAGUAGAACCUUAAAAUAAUUUUAGACCUUAAAAUAAUUGAAAAUGGGGUGUGCAAGUCAUAUGACAUAAUGCAACUUCCAUCUACUUGUCAAGUUGAAUCAUGAAUGUAAAUUUCAGAUCAAUUGCAUUUUAUGUAUUAAAAUAUAAAUAAUAUGUAAAUAAUAAGCUAUUUUGUUUAAAAAUCUAAUUAAACAUGAAAAAUCUUA